AUGAUACCAAGAACACCAGCCCGCCGCCUCCUGCGCGACCUCACCAGGUCCCCGCGCUCAACCACCACCCUCCUCCGCCCCUUCACGACAACCAGACCCUCCCUCCUCAAGCCAAUCCCACCACAACCUCCCCAGCAGCCCCCUCAAAACGCAGCCGCCUCCGCCGCCCUCCAGAACCUCUCCCACCUCUCCCCCUCGCAAAUCACCGCCCUCCUCUCCGCCAACACCACACCGACACCACCCGCCCCUCCCCCGCAGUCCCGCCGCUCGAUCCUCCUCCGCCGCGCCCUCUGGGCCCUCUUCUUCUUCCUCGCAGGCUACAAGCUCACAUCCGACCAACUCGCCUCCAUCCGCUUCGCCACACCCUUCCUCUACCCGCCCGCCGACUACGAGCCCGAGGACAUCCCGCUCUACCGCCAACAAGCCACCUACGAAGCCCUCGCCUCCGACCCGGGGCUGGACGCCAUGGUCCCCGCCGCCGUCUCCGUCUCGGGCUCGAAAAUCACCGUCCGGCCCACAGACUGGGACCACUGGGAGCCGUACACCGAUUUCUCGGACGCCCACCGCAAGACGCACCUCUGCGCCGGCGCGCUGAACAACCCCAACGCUUUGGGUUUGGUGCACAUGGUCUUCCGCCACCGGCUGACGGGCGAGCUCAUCCUCGUGGUCGUCUUCGGGCAGGGCACCUCCGGGUGGCCGAGCGUCGUGCACGGCGGGAUGCUGAGCACCAUCAUGGACGAGGCCAUGGGCCGCCUGGCCGCGCUGAAUUUCUCGGCGAACACGGCCGUGACGGCGAAGCUGGCCAUGGACUUCAAGGAGCCCGUGACGCCUGGGUUCCUGUACAAGGUGCGCGUGCACGCGGUCCUGCCGGAGCUGCAGAAGGGGCCGGACGGCGAGGACAAGACGGACCGCAAGCUGUGGAUCUGCGGGCGCAUGGAGGGGCCCGAUGGGGAGAUUGCGCUUGAGGCGAAGGGGUUGUUUGUCGUGCCCAAGGGGGUGGAUGUCAAGCCUCUUGGGAAGAGGUUCUGA